AUGACAAGUUGCUGUGGGAAGUUCAUUGCUGCAGGUGUCACUGGUGCUGUUGUGGCUGCUGCUUUGUCAGAGGCUUAUCAUAGAUAUUUCGAAUCUCCAGUUCCAAAGAGUUCUGAAAAGGCAUUAAAAUCCAUCAAAAAGGGACCAAUUCAACAUGAUGAGGAUUUAAUAAGAGAACAACUUGCAAGAAAUUAUGCAUUCUUGGGUGAAGACGGUAUGCAAAAGAUUAGAGAUGAAUUUGUUGUAGUUGUUGGUGCAGGUGGUGUUGGUUCAUGGGUUUGUACAAUGUUGAUACGUUCAGGUAUUUCCAAGAUUAGAAUUAUCGAUUUUGAUCAAGUCUCACUAAGUUCUUUAAACAGACACGCUGUCGCUACGCUAGAAGAUGUUGGUACUUCAAAAGUUGAUUGUUUGAAGAAUCGUUUAUUAAAAAUUGCCCCAUGGGCUCAUAUUGAAGCUAUUAAUCAACUAUGGCAUUUACCAAAUGCUGAGGAACUAUUAUUACAUGGUGGACCAACAUUUGUUGUUGAUUGUAUUGAUAACAUUGACACAAAAGUUGAUUUGUUGACAUUCGCUAAGCAACACGAUUUGAAAAUUAUAAGUUCAAUGGGUGCAGCUUGUAAAAGUGAUCCAACAAGAAUAAAUAUUGGUGAUAUUUCUACAACUGAGGAAGAUCAAUUAGCAAGAGCUGUUAGACGUCGCUUAAAGAAAAGAGGCAUCACUUCAAAUAUUCCUGUUGUGUUUUCAGCUGAAAAACCUGAUCCAAAUAAAGCACAAUUAUUACCAUUACCAGAGGAAGAAUUCCAAAAGGGUAAAGUUGAUGAAUUAAGUGCCUUGAAAGAUUUCAGAGUUAGAAUUUUACCAGUUUUGGGUACUAUGCCUGCAAUGUUUGGGUUAACUAUUGUUUCAUAUAUUUUGACUUCUGUUGCAGGUUAUCCAAUUGAACCUAUUGAAGGUAAGAAUAGAAUUAAAGUUUAUGAUGGUAUUUUCCAAAGUUUAGCAGGUCAACAAACAAGAAUUGGUGCUGAUCAACGAGUACCAAUCUCUUUAAGGGAAGUUCCAUAUAUUGUUGAGGAAGUGUUCAGAGGUAAAUCACCAGUUUCCGGAUUUUCAACAAGACUUACAUUAUCAAAAUGGGAUCCAAGUAGACCAGUUAGUUUAACAAAUGUUGUUGUUUUAACAAAAGAGGAACAAAAAUUCCAUGAAGAUCGUGUUUUGAAUGGUGGUGAAAAAUUAGAAGAUGUUUAUGAUGAAAAAGUUUUGAAUUUAGUUGAAAAAAGAUUCAGAGAAGAGGAGUAUUAUGAAAAUUUUAGAUAA